GGGGCAAUCCGGCUGGUUCCCGGCCAUCCGCGGCUCGGAGGCGACGGCGACAUGGAGAGCGGGGCCUAUGGCGCGGCCAACGCGGGCGGCUCCUUCGACCUGCGGCGCUUCGUGUCGCAGCCUCAGGUGGUGACGCGCCUCGUGAGCAUGGUCUUGGCCUUGAUCGUGUUCUCCUGCAUCUUCGGCGAGGGCUACACCAACAUUCACACAUCCGAACAGCUACACUGUGUGUUCAACCAGAAUGAGGAUGCCUGCCGCUAUGGCAGUGCCAUCGGGGUGCUGGCCUUCCUGGCCUCAGCCUUCUUCCUUGUGGUCGAUGCCUUCUUCUCCCAGAUAAGCAAUGCCACUGACCGCAAGUACCUAGUCAUUGGUGACCUGCUCUUCUCAGCUCUCUGGACCUUCCUGUGGUUUGUUGGAUUCUGUUUCCUGACCAACCAGUGGGCAGCCACCAAACCUGAAGAUGUGCGGGUGGGAGCGGACUCAGCUCGGGCAGCCAUCACCUUCAGCUUCUUCUCCAUCUUCUCCUGGGGUGUGCUGGCUUCCCUGGCCUACCAGCGCUACAAGGCCGGAGUGGACGCCUUCAUUCAGAACUACGUGGACCCCACCCCGGACCCCACCCCAGCCUACGCCUCCUACCCUAGUGCCUCCGUGGAAAACUACCAGCAGCCACCCUUCACCCAGAAUGUGGAGACCACUGAGGGCUACCAGCCUCCCCCCGUGUACUAAGCGGCCAGGGACAAAGAGGCAGGGAGGGUGCUUGGGGGGGCCGCCCCUCUACUCUGGACUUCUCUCAAGGUUUGCCGCCCAGACUGUAGUCCCUUGCCUGUUACAGUUGACAGCCAAAGAGUCCACGCCUUUCUGCAUCCCAGCUGCAGCCAGAGCACACCUCACGUGCCCAUGCCCAGAGGGGCUUCACCGCCACCCAUCCAAUCCUCAAGGGCAUUCCCUUUUUUUUUUUUCUUUUUCUUUUCUGGUUUUUUGAGACAGGGUUUCUCUGUGUAGCCCUGGCUGUCCUGGAACUCCUUCUGUAGACCAGGUUAGCCUCAACUCAGAGGACCUCAUGCUCUUACUUCCCAUGCUGGGAUGAAAGGCAGGUGCCACCAACCUUGGCUAUAAGACU